AUGGCGUCUAAGCAUCACUACACGCUGGCGGAUCAAGGAGAACCAGAAGUAGAGGUAGUAUCGGAGAGCAAUACAAACUCAACUGGAAAUGCACACGCAGAGGCUACUGUACCCCAAAAUGAAAAAGGAUUUUCCGAUGAACCUCCAGCAACCCCUUCGUCGGUCGCAUCCACGCUCGAAAAAGGCACAUCCAGCACGUCCCACUGGACCAUUGGGUGGAUGACUCCAAGCUCCAUCAUUACUUGCUUUCUCUUAGCGGCCUCUGUGGCCUCUAUGCAUCUCGGUCUCUUUCAUUGGCUGGACCAGCGUGAAGUCGAAAAGACCAUCAAGCAGCCAUACGUGACAGCGCUAUCUGUUGUAUUCGUGAAUGGGUUCCGUACCUUUCUGGCCGCCGCGUUGGGAAUGUCUUUCAUUCAGAUGCUGUGGAAGGACCUGCGCGCGCGCCCGAUGCGCAUCGGCGACAUUGACGCCUUCCUCUCAGUGCUGACGAACCCCCUCUACCUCGGAAAUGUGCAGCUCCUAACGGUGGCUCCCAUCCCGUUUAUUUGCGCCUUAAUAUGUUGGUGUAUCCCCAUCGCCAUGAUCUUCCCAGCGGGUGCCCUGACCGUCGAGUCCAAGUCGUUCCAUACCUUGGCCAACCAAUCGGUUCCGACAUUUGACCCAGCCUUCAUUGGAAAUGGCACUUUUGCUGGCAUGAUGACCGAAGCACUGUGGCAGCCCAAUUCUUACGAUGUCUAUAGUGGACCUAGUUAUAAGCUUACCCGCGUCGCAAGACAGGCCAUGAUGGCGGGGCAUUACCUUCCAGCUUCGUCUCCGUGUGCUACCGAUUGCUCCUACAGUAUUAGCAUACCGGGCCCCAGCUUCGAGUGCCGCAACUACUCCUCUCCUGAUCUCUACGACUGGGUCAACCAGACCUACCCUCAGACGAACACGAGGGGGUAUCUUUACAUCGCAUCGCAAGACAGCGCUGCUCGCACAAACCGCUCAGAAAGUUUCUUUGACUUCGGCCUGCGCUGGAAGAGGGACAAUGAAUACGACAACCUCACCUGCCGAGCAUUCGAGGCGACCUACAAUCUGCACAUCACUUACACAGGGAGCCAACAAUACGUGUCGGCGGAGGUCAAUCCAAUUCGCCAGCUAAACAGCUCGUAUAUGUACGACGAUGGUGGCGUAUCUCCUCGGACUGGGACUCUGGACUCGCAAAUCAAUGCGACCACGACGGGAGACACCGGAGGUAACGUUAUCGACAUCUUUCGUCGGGCGAAUCUGGCCGCUAUCCAGGAUUCACUGGUACUGGCACUUUCAGGAUACAUUGACAUGCUCGUCAUCCACGGUCAGCCAUCAGCCAACACUAUUAUCUCCCUGACAGACCUAUACACAGGCCCAUCAAACACACCAACCUUCAACAUUACAGGCGCUUCAAUGCAAGAUCUGUUGAAAAACAUUACAAUCUCUCUCCUGACCAUGAACCAAACAACCACCCAAGUUACCGUUACGAACAAUCUAACGGUGAACGUAUACUCCUUUAGCCGACCGGCACGCCUGAUCGCCACGUACUUUGUGUGCCUUGGAUCGGCGUUGGCGUUCAUUCUCUUUGGCGGACACGCGCUGAUCAGCAACGGUAUUUCUGCUAGCAUGACCGGCAUGUUCCAAACAUUAUGUACUACUCGAGCCAGUGCACGGCUAGACGAUCUGGCGGCUAAGGGCUGCUUGGGAGGUCGAGAGAAUGUUCCAGAUGAGUUGAGGAACCUGAAGGUCAUGUUCGGGGAAAUCCAAGGGAAGGAUGGCGUGCGCAUGGCUGGACUGGGUUCUGUGGAUGAGGUUACUCCGUUGAAGAGGGGCUCGAUAUGA